UCAGUGUCUGAUGACGAAUUUCCCCACAAAUCAUUAUCACUCAAUUCUGCAAGUGGUUCUGAUUUCCUAUCGCUGUUCUCUAGCUGGUCUAAAACCGCUUUUGACCUAAAGGGACACUUUUUGGAUGCCAUGGACGUUUCUCAGUUUCCAGGCAGAAAGAACGUAAAAAUGCAGGCAGGGCACAGGACAAAGCACUAGGGACAAAAUGUAUGAAAUGGUUUGAUACAGUAAUGUUAUACUAUGUGAUUUUAGUGUAUUUAGUGAAUGUCACUUUUUCACCUUUUUAAAUUUCCCGCCGUUCCGUCCCCGUAUGUCCUGACGGGAACAGAACCCAGAAGGCAGAUGCCGGCAUCGGCUGGAAGACAUUGCCGGGGACACUGCAGG